CGAAUUCAGACACUACUACAGUUUGAGCGCUCAGUUCGUGACUGACUGUAAAUGAAGGUGAUAAUAUAUAUUGGAGAGACGGGCACAAACAAACACUUUUUGGUUUCCUGAAGUUUGUGUAAAUACUUUUGGGAUUACUGGUCAUAUGCAAGAGAUGUUCAUCAUGAGAGAGCAGGUGGAUGUGAUUCACGCUGGAGAACAGCAGAUGCUGCAGACAGUAGUGAAGAUUGAAGUGAAGCAGGAGGAGAUAAAAGAAGAAAACACAACAGAAGAACAACAGAGAGAUGAAGAUGAUGAUGAACAGCAGAUGCUGCAGAUACCAGUGAAGAUGUGUUCAGUGAAGCUGCUGGACUGCAGGAACAUGAUGAAGAUGAGAGGAGAAACCACAGCAGAGGAAGAACAGAGUGAUGAAGAUGAUGAUGAUUUUAUUCCUGCAGAGCUGAUGGAAGUGAGAGAAGAACGUGAAGAGCUGAAGGAAGUGGAGGAGGAACAGCAUGAUUUCAUAACUGGAGAAAAAUCUUUGAGUGGCUCAAAGACAGAAGACAAUUUCUCACCUAAGAAGCCUCAAAGAACAGCCAAGAAAGCUUUCACCUGCUCUCUGUGUGGAAAGAGUUUCACAUGUAAAAGCAAUCUUAAUAACCACAUGAGAGUUCAUACUGGAGAGAAGCCUUACACAUGCCAUCAGUGUGGAAAAAGUUUUGCAGAUGCAGGCAAUCUCAAGAAUCAUCUCCGCUGUCACUCUGGAGAAAGACCAUUUGAAUGUGAUAAGUGUGGUAAAACAUUUGUUCUGGCACAGUACCUAAAACAACAUCUGAAAACUCACACAGAUGAGAAGCCUUACAAGUGUUCUUUUUGUGGAAAGAGUUUUACAGACCUGUUCUAUUUUAAAGAGCACCAGAAAAUACAUACCGGUGUGGCGGCUCAUAUGUGCUUUGAAUGUGGAAAGACCUUUAUUACAGCCAGCAGCUUGAAACGGCACCAAAUUAUUCAUACUGGAGAGAAACCUUACAAGUGCUCACACUGUGAAAAGAGUUUCACUCAGUCAGUAAACCUGAAAACACAUGAGAGAUUUCAUACUGGAGAGAAACUUUACAAGUGCUCACACUGUGGAAAGAGUUUCACUCAGUCAGUAAAACUGAAAACACACGAGAGAUUUCAUACUGGAGAGAAACCUUACAAGUGCUCACACUGUGAAAAGAGUUUCACUCGGUCAUAUUGCCUGAAAACACAUGAGAGAAUUCAUACUGGAGAGAAACCAUACAAGUGCUCACACUGUGAAAAGAGUUUCACUCGGUCACAUGACCUGAAAACACACAAGAGAAUUCAUACUGGAGAGAAACUUUACAAGUGCUCACAGUGUGAAAAGAGUUUCACUCAAUCAGUCAGCUUGAGAUCACACGUGAGAAUUCAUACUGGAGAGAAACCUUACAAGUGCUCAUACUGUAUAAAGAGUUUCACUCAGUCACAUUGCCUGAAAACACACGUGAGAAUUCAUACUGGAGAGAAACCUUACAAGUGUUCACAGUGUGAAAAGAGUUUCACUCGGUCAGAUUGCCUGAAAACACACGAGAGAAUUCAUACUGGAGAGAAACUUUACAAGUGCUCAUACUGUAAAAAGAGUUUCACUCAGUCAGUAAACCUGAAAACACACAAGAGAACUCAUACUGGAGAGAAACCUUACAAGUGCUCAUACUGUAAAAAGAGUUUCACUCAGUCAGUAAACCUGAAAACUCAUGAGAGAACUCAUACCGGAGAGAAACCAUAACACUGCUCUUCAUGAGGGUGAAGUUUCAUCUAGGCAAGUACUCUAUAUAAACAUAUAAAAAGAAGUCACAGUUAGUGGUCGACCGAUAUGGAUUUUUCAAUGGCCGAUGCUAAAAAUGUGGAGAGCAGGUUGGCUAAUGGCCAACAUAAAUGCUGGUAUAAUAAUAUAAUUUAACAUUACAUAUAGCACAAUAUAUAACAAUAACUAAGGUUUGUGAUAAGGUUAUGAAUUAGGAAAUUACAUAACACAUACAAAGAAAAGAAAAAAAAGGAAAUGGACUGUAAUAGGCAUACAGACAAGAUAUUUCAGGAAAAAUAAGAUUGUUACAAGGAGGACUUUACACAGAAAUAACAUUCUUAAGGAUGUCCAGAAAGGGCCGGAUUGGACGCCAUGCAAGGAGCAGACGUGUGAGCGACGAACUCUACGCACUUUGCUGAAUUUUUGAUUAUUCUCAUGUUAUAAUCUGGUCAAAUUUGAAACACCCAGUUACACAUUUGCCCUUUGUUGCAAAACAUGGCAAAGAAGUCAAAAUCCUCGGGCUCUGGAGAUAUUAAAAGACACUUACGUGUUCAGGAUGAAAGCCCCGACAGGCCUACAGACCGGGGACUCGAUUUGGAUGGCGCGGCAGGAGAAGGAAUCCAGCGUCAGUUGUCCAACAUGUUGGGGAUGUGACGAAGAUUCUUGCUGACUUGGAGGAUCUCGCUGUAAUACGUCGAUCGAUUACGGUGAUGGAAAUAAAAUUCUCUGAGUUAGGUACAAGAGUGACUGAUGCUGAAAAACAAAUUGAUUUUCUGGAAUCUUUGGAGAGGGAAUUAACCGCUAAUCCACCCGCGACCAAAGUUGAUUUGGAACAUCUCCUUGAAAAGCUUGAAGAUCUUGAGAAUAGAAGCCGCAGGAAUAACGUUCGAAUUGUUGGAAUUCCUAAGCAUGAGGAGGGCAGAGAUAUGGUGAAAUUCCUAGACGAGUUUUUCCCAAGUCUGCUCGACAUAACAGGCCACAAGCUGGAAAUCGAGCGAGCUCACAGAGUCCCAGCUCACAGACCUGCUGAGGGAGAUAGGCCCCGAUCGAUUCUGUAUUCGAUGUGUAUAUAGAGAAGAGAAGUGGCCCAAGCACUAAGCUCUGAGGUACCCCAGUAAGUAGCUGAUGCGACUUUUUUUGAAAUUCCCAAUGUGCUUUUAAGUCCUCGUGGUCGCGUAGUGAUUCGCCUCAAUCAGGGUGGCGGAGGACGAAUCUCAGUUGCCUCCGCAUCUGAGACCAUCAACCCGCGCAUCUUAUCAUGUGGCUUGUUGAGCAUGUUGCCAUGGAGACGUCAAGCCAUCCACCACGGCAUCCACGCUCAACUCACCACGCGUCCCACCGAGAACGAACCACUUUAUAGCGACCACGAGGAGGUUACCCCAUGUGACUCUACCCUCCCUAGCAACGGGGCCAUUUUGGUCGCUUAGGAGACCUGGCUGGAGUCACUCAGCACACCCUGGGAUUCCAACUAGCAAACUCCAGGAGUGGUAGCCAGCGUCUUUACCACUGAGCUACCCAGGCCCCCUGCUGAUGUGACUUUGACACCUCACCUCUCCAGGCUACCUUGAAGGACCUACCUGAGAGAGGAAUUAAACCAGUUAAGCACAGUUCCUGUGAUGCCCAUGUAGAAAGGGGUUAAUUUUCUAUCCGUUCCGAAGUGGAACUUCAAUAAAUUGCCCUUGAAGGUCUCUGCGUUCUUCUGUCUUUUCUGAGCGCUGAAGUAAAGCAAUUAUUGUUAAUUCACACUUCUGAUUCCGUUAUGCAUUUUAUCUGACUCCGAUUUUAAGUUGACCUCUAAUUUAUAUUUAAGCUCUAAUACAUUUUUGAUCAUUCUUUUAAUUUAACAUUUUUAGGUUAUUGAUUACUCUAAAUCCUCUUCUAUUCAUUGCCCUUUCGAUCUUUGGAGACUUACGCCGGCCGUUAUUAAAUUACGUAAACCUCCCAAAAAUGGAUAGCCA